GCCACGUGCGCGGUAGUGUGGGUGGAGCGAGUGAGUUAGACGGGCGAAAGUGCGCUCGAGCUUCUGCGUGGGACAGAAAAUAACCCGUGUUACAGCUGCGCUCGGUGCAGGAAUACACACUGAAACUGCUCAGAUGGAUAUUUACUGUGCGCGCGGUGCGCUGGAGCCCUAGUUCCGCCCCUGGACCGUCGGUACUGCGGGGUUUGUGACUGUUCAUGUUUAUAUAACCGUUACCGUUUAGAGCGCGUGCUGGCGGAGACAGGGAGAGCGCGAGGAUUUCGAGCAACUAAAAACACGCAAUAAAUUAUUUUGUUUAGGAUCAUCUAUUGAGACGAACUGAUCAUCUGUUAUCGCAUUUAUCGACACUUUAUUAAUUUUUGCGAUUCAGAAAAAAAAACAAGUUAUACAACAGGGGAGUACAGUGCACUGCACGGUCCUAAAGCCCGCCGUGUACACAGCUGCGCGCCUGUACCACGCACUCGUAGCCAAAUGGUUCAGCUGUGGCCUGUGUUUAACUGCGACAGGAUGGAAAACGCUUUGUUAGAGCAAGGAUAAUUUCAUUCACUUAAAGAAUUUAACACUUUUUAGACUUUUAUUUGCAUAGACGUUUACUGAGCUGAGAGAGAGCUGUGAGAAGAGAGGAGAGAGAGCUGAGAGCUCGGACAGGAACAGUGAGAGUGCAGGGUCUGUCCGGAGAAGUGAUGGUUGUAAACACAGUCCACUGGUUCAGGAAGGGCUUGCGGCUCCACGACAAUCCUUCCCUCAGAGAGUCGGUCCGGGGAGCGGAUACCGUGCGCUGUGUGUACAUCCUCGACCCCUGGUUUGCGGGAUCGUCCAACGUCGGGAUCAACAGGUGGAGGUUUUUACUACAGUGUCUGGAGGACUUGGACGCCAGCCUUCGCAAACUCAACUCCCGCUUGUUUGUAAUCCGGGGCCAGCCCACCGAUGUCUUCCCCAGACUCUUCAAGGAGUGGAACAUCACCCGGCUGUCUUAUGAGUACGACUCGGAGCCGUUUGGGAAGGAGCGAGAUGCAGCCAUUAAAAAGUUGGCCAGUGAGGCCGGAGUGGAGGUGACAGUCCGGAUCUCUCACACGCUGUAUGAUCUGGACAAGAUCAUAGAGCUCAAUGGUGGCCAGUCUCCACUCACCUACAAGCGCUUCCAGACCCUCAUCAGCAGGAUGGAGGCGGUGGAGACUCCUGCCGAGGCCAUCACAGCAGAAGUCAUGGGCUCCUGCACCACUCCUCUUUCUGAUGAUCACGAUGAGAAGUUUGGGGUUCCUUCCCUGGAGGAGCUUGGUUUCGACACAGAGGGGUUGUCCUCAGCCGUGUGGCCUGGCGGAGAGACUGAGGCCCUUACACGGCUUGAGAGGCAUCUGGAGAGAAAGGCAUGGGUGGCCAACUUUGAGCGUCCCAGAAUGAACGCCAACUCACUGUUGGCUAGUCCUACUGGCCUCAGUCCGUACUUGAGGUUUGGCUGCCUCUCAUGUCGACUCUUCUACUUCAAACUCACUGACUUGUACAGAAAGGUGAAGAAGAACAGCUCGCCACCUCUCUCACUCUACGGCCAGCUGCUGUGGCGUGAGUUCUUCUACACAGCUGCUACCAACAACCCACGCUUCGACAAAAUGGAGGGAAACCCCAUAUGCGUGCAGAUCCCAUGGGACCGCAACCCAGAGGCACUGGCCAAGUGGGCCGAGGGCAGGACGGGUUUCCCCUGGAUCGACGCCAUCAUGACCCAGCUGAGGCAGGAGGGGUGGAUCCACCACCUGGCACGCCAUGCCGUGGCCUGCUUCCUCACACGUGGAGACUUGUGGGUUAGCUGGGAGGAGGGCAUGAAGGUGUUUGAGGAGCUGUUGCUGGACGCAGACUGGAGUGUGAACGCAGGCAGCUGGAUGUGGCUCUCCUGCAGCUCCUUCUUCCAGCAGUUCUUCCACUGCUACUGCCCAGUGGGUUUUGGCCGCCGCACCGACCCCAACGGGGACUACAUACGACGGUAUUUACCUGUGCUGAGAGGAUUUCCCGCCAAGUACAUCUAUGACCCUUGGAACGCCCCAGAAAGUGUGCAGAAGUCGGCCAAGUGUGUGAUCGGUGUGCACUACCCAAAGCCCAUGGUACACCACGCAGAGGCCAGCCGUCUCAACAUAGAGCGCAUGAAGCAGAUCUACCAGCAGCUGUCCUGCUACCGCGGCCUGGGACUGCUGGCAAUGGUGCCGUCUAACCCUAACGGGAAUGGGGAAAACUCCACAAGCAUGAUGGGAAUUCCCACUGCAGAUGCCACCCAGGACACUGCUGCAGCCUCCGGGUACCAGAUGCCUGCUAAAUCUCAGGGCGAGUGGCUCAGUGGCCUGAUGGUGUAUUCUCAAGGAGACACACAAUCCAGCUGCAACACACAACAAGGUUAUUCAGGCAGCAGUAGUGGGAUGGUGUGCUACAGACAGGAGGCUCAGCAGAUACCUGGCCCUGUGUUACAGCAAGGGCGGGGACAUCACUCCAGCACUGUACAGACCUCUGGGAAACGUCACAGCGAGGACUCUGGUCACACCACAGUCUCAAAAGUCCAGAGACAGCACAGUCCUUAAACAGUGUCCUGGAACAACUGAAGACCUGUCAUCACAGACACACAGCACAUACACUGAUUGGUGUGUAUGUGUAAAAAUGAGUGAUUUAAAUAUAUAUACGUAUAUAAAACUAAUUAAGGGGAAUCGGGGUGGCUUUUAUCAGGAUCCUUUAUGUAAGCGUUCCCUCACAUUAUCACUUGGACUCCACCCAAGCUGACGCCGGCACUCUAGCCAACUUUGGAAGAAAAAAAAAAUCAAUUCUCCUUGACAAUGUUCUAAUCUCAGUGAGUGUUAGGACUCCUCUUGGCACAGAACUUUGCUGUAUAUAAGAAUUUGUUUAAUACUCACAUACAGACUGUAUAUUUGCUAUUGUAUGUGCUUUCUCUUUCAUUUAGUCUUAGACCCACUGAUAUAUUUUUGAUAUAAAUGUUGUGGAUCAGGUGUAAUUCUUUUUUGAAAGCAUAAAUAUUAAAGAACAUUUGUAGGUUGCAUUUACUGUACACAGUGAGGCUUCUCUCAGUCUAUGUCUCUCCCACAUUCUCUGCCUUUCUCUCUGACCUGUUUCACAUUGUCGCUGUUCGCUCAUACUGUCUUUCCUUUUCUCGGUCAACCUUCUUAAGCUGCGUCUUUUCAUGCAGUUGUCAUCUACAUAAUUGAAACAGGAUGUUAUUCACCACGUUGUGUUAAUUGUCUACUCGUGUGCUUGUUUAAUAAAUACGGUGUAAAUAGCA